GAUGAUAUUUUCACUAAAAGCUUCACACUUUCAAGGUCAUGAUCGAAAUUAAUUAACAAUGUUUCACUAUUGAAUCUUUAAUAAACAACGGAAUAAUAUAUUUAGCAGGGAACCAAUCUAACAAUAAAGAUAUUGUAGUACCGAAAUAUCAUAUGGAAAUGGAUGAUUCGAAUCUUCGAUUCUUCAUUAUAUCUUUCUUGAUUGUAUCCGUCAACAUCUUCCAAUGCUCCAGUUCUAUUCCGUCUUAUUCUAAAGAAUUGGAAACAGCUGUGAGAACAGAACUUUUCACCGACUAUGAGGUCCUUCAGAGACCAGAUGAGCGCACGUUUGUUAGCAUCGGAUUAAACCUUGUGACAAUAAACUCUCUGGAUAUUAAAGACCAGAUAUUAUCGACGUCAGGAUUUUUUACAAUGAAAUGGGACGAUUCAAGACUUGAUUGGUCCGGUAACGUCAACUACACAAGUAUAAGAUUUCUUUUUACUACUGAAAAAUAUGCAUGGCGUCCAGCAAUUUUUAUCGAGAAUAGUGUGACAGAACUCGAGGUAUUCAGCAACACUAACUGGCUUAUUCGGCUUAGUUCGGACGGGUCGGCUUACUGGACACCUGGUGGUAUAUUUGAGACAAGCUGUGAUGUGGAUAUUACCUACUACCCGCUUGAUACACAAACAUGCAGCAUUGUGCUUACAACUUGGGCUUACACAACAAACGAGGUUUAUUUGAUGUUUUCUGAUGAUCCUAUUUCCACAGAUGACUUCAGUCCAAAUGGAGAAUGGGAUCUGAUUGAGACGUCAACAAGUACAGAGACAGCGGAGAAAUCGAAACAUGACACCAACAGUUAUACCAGACUGUCGUUCACAUUUAAACUGAAAAGACGGCCUUUGUUUCACAUUUUGAAUACAAUAUUUCCGGUUCUUCUGAUGGCGUCAUUGAUAAUAUUUGUUUUUAAGCUUCCUCCCGAAUCCGGAGAAAGAGUCGGAAUGUCACUAACAGUUCUUUUGGCAUAUGCUGUCUAUUUGACAUUGAUUGCCGACAAUAUCCCAAGAACCUCACUGAGCACCAGUAUACUGUCUACAUAUCUGACGAUUAUUUUCAUGUUGAGUACACUGUCCGUCAUUUUCACCAUUGUUGUGCUCGACAUUUAUUUUAACCAUGAUGAUGACGAAGAACCUCCUAGAUGGGUCCAGACAAUGACAAGGUUGCUCCUCGUAAAAAUUUCAAUGUGGAAAGGAGAAAGAUGCUGUAAGAAGAAAAAGGUCAGUCCGAAGAAUAAAUCCAGUGAAUUAAGUUUGUCUACCGUUAAACUGCCGCUUGACGGUGUUGAACCUUUCGAUUCCAAUGCCAAGACAAGGUACAGAGGUAAAAAUUCAGAUGUAGUUGAAGUAAAUCACCUUGAAGGCGAUGACGAUGCGGAUGAAGACGAGAUUAAAAUAUACUCAUGGAAAGAGGUGGCCCUUAUUCUCGACAGAUGUUUUAUGUAUUUGUUCAUACUUUUAGUUAUUGUUACAAGUAUCGUCUGUCUGGGAAUACUUGCCUCAAAAUAAAUCAAACUGCCUUGUCAUAGAUAAGAGCACAAGACUCUUAAGAAUUUGACACCCAUGACCUACACUGUGAUAAAAAAAUAAUCCUUGUUAAAUAAUAUUGAAAUGCUUGUUGACGAGGUCGAUGUACAACGUGCAACAAAACUUUAGACUAAGCAAUUAUUUUGUGUUGUGUGACAAUGGAACCAUAAAAAAGUAGAAAAAUUUAAGAAUUUUAUAUUCUAUACUUCUCACUUGAACCAUAAAACUUUGUCAUUUGUCUGGAAAAUUAUGAAUGAUAAUUUGACAUUUGAAUAAUAUGACUAUAACAAACAUACAAAGAUGAAAACAGAUAUUAAUUGAAUAAAAGGUGCUCAAACAAAUGUUUCAGGACAUCAUCCAUGUCAUCGUGAUUACACUGUUUUACGUAGGUUUUUAUUUAAUGAAAGAAAAUGUGACAGUAGUCAAACUCUGUGAAUGGAUGAACGGAAGGACAAAUAUAAAAAUCCACUAUUUUCCUAUUUUACAUGCUUUUUUGUUUUAAAUGUCUCAUUUGGUAUUUCAUGCACCGCUUUCGUUUUCAAUCGGUUAUAUUUUUUAAGCCGAGGGUUGCGAAUGUUUAGUAGUUGGUAUAUCCCACCGAUUGUCAUUAAAUUCCAUUAAAAAUGUUGGCGCCCAACUGGAAAUGACACUGAAAAUUUCACUGAGAGAUAUCACAUAAACAUAUAUAUUUUAAUUAUUGUUUUUUUAUUUAAUGUCCUUUUAAUUAUACACGUGUAGUCUAUAUCCGGACAAGCCAAAUCUGGCUAAUGUAUUGACCACAUGAUAAUCAUAUUGUUUUCAAGUGCUAGUCUAUGUAAUUUGAUAUUGCACAUCAUCCUAGAUAUCACGAAAUUAAAUUUAUACACUUUGUAAGAAUGUCUUGUUAUUUUAUCUUUUUACCACUGUGACACCUUAAUUUGCACAGACAGAUUAGUUCAUACUAUAGAAGUUUACACAAAGAUUUAUACCACGCCUUAAUUUAUACAUAACCAUACUUUACACCAGUUCACUACUUCUAGCGAUGUUUACUACAUCUGCAUAACUAAAACAAUAUUGUAUUACUAGUACUUUACUUUUCAUAUUAUUAUAACAAAUGCAAUUAACUGACUGUCUUUUUACAACUUUGGCGGAGUGGUCGAGAUUAUUGACUUGAAAUCAUAGCCCCUCAACCGGGGUGGUUCCAAUUACUGCAAUGACUUUGACGUCUUGAAUGUGAGGAAGCUAUCUGGCUAGGUACCGGCCGUUGAUGAUUCUUCUCAUGUGCCCGCUCGUGCUUGGGAAUAAAGCAUGCUGGGGCACCUGACGGUUUCCUUUAUCAGUAAAGUUGCGAUUACAGUUUCUGAGUGAAUCGCAAACAAAAUAUAUUAAGAAUUAUUUCACGUGUUUGUUUCGUUCAUGUCUGUUAUGCAAUCUUUUUUGAGUUAGGUAGAAUUGUAUGGCAGUUUUUACGUACAUUGUCGAUUAUUGUUGUAUUAAUUGAAAUGAUUAUAAGUUUAUAUCUAACUACGCCAAAAUUCAAGAGCAUUUUGUUUUUUGUACAAUGCUUAAAAUGCUUUACUAUAUGUUAUGUAUGAAUGUGUAUGGUAAUUCUUUUAUGUCACUCUUUACUACAUGGUAAUCAUAUUUCAUUUUGUGCUAGAAUCAUUUAUCAUAUCUGUUUUCUAUUAUCAUUAAUUUGUUUUGUUAUUUGCUAUAAUAAUAUAUUUUGACAAGAGAUAAAUACUUUGAUUGAUUGUUUAUUUUUCUUUUGUUUUUUCUAAACUUCAAAAGCUACAUGCCUCCAGAUAAAAAAGGUGAUUGUCAAUAAGGUAAACUUUAAUUUUUUGUUAUACAAAAAGUUAAAGAAAUGAAUGAGUCUAUGCAAAAUAUGACUACACUGUUUGGUUUUUGUAUUUCAACCUCAUGAUUUAUUUGUAUAGUUAAAGUAAAAAAAAUAUUAAUCAAACUUAUUUAAAAUGAGCACGAAUCUUGCGGUCGCCUGCUCUAAACAGUACUAUUAUUUGAAGACAAGCAUGGAGGUAAUUUUUAAAGUUUGUCCUUGUUUUGAAAAUAUACUGUUAACAUUUGUGUUUGUUGAAAUUAUGUAUGCUGGUCUUGCAUGAAAAUAAA